CGUUUCCUUAGACGCCACUGAAGAACUUUUCGCCUCGCCUUGGUGAAAAGGGAUUCUCUCCUUCCGCCCCUUCUUUUUUGUAAAUAGUAGAUAUUAAGCUCUCUUUUGGGGGGCCGUAUUUGUCCAAGUGGGGUCGAGGGAGCCACCUGUUUUUCGGAACCUGCCGCAUCCUCGCCCGUGGGUUCCCACGACUCUCCAGCCCCCUUCCUCCUCAACCUGUUGCUGCUCUUUCGAAGAGGACGCGCUUCCUCCGACUCGGAGCCUGGCGGGGAAGGAACAAGAACCCGGGACGCGCUGGAGCCCUCGCUCCCCUUUGGCCCCCGUUUCCCCCUUUGAGGAAGCUGCGCCCAUCGCUCUCACACCUCGCUGCCACUUCAGCAGAGCCAGCGCCUUGCUUUACAUACUUCCACGUUACUCGUGCUCUUCUUCUGGUUCCCUCGAGCCCUUACGAUGCACUGCUACCUCCUGGGCGUCUUCCUCACCCUGGACCUGGUGACGGUGGCCUUCGCCCUCUCGACCUGCAGCACCCUGGACAUGGACCAGUUCAUGCGCAAGAGGAUCGAGGCCAUCCGGGGCCAGAUCCUGAGCAAGCUGAAGCUCACCAGCCCCCCCGAAGAGUACCCGGAGCCCGAGGAGGUCUCGCCGGAGGUCAUCUCCAUCUACAACAGCACCCGGGACCUGCUCCAGGAGAAGGCCAACCACCGGGCCGCCACUUGCGAGAAGGAGCGCAGCGACGAGGAGUACUACGCCAAGGAGGUCUACAAGAUCGACCCCAAGCCCAGCUACCAGAACGCCAAUCUCAUCUCGCCCAAUGGUCCCACCCCCUAUUUUAGAAGAGUGAGAUUUGAUGUCUCAGCGAUGGAAAAAAAUGCUUCCAACCUGGUGAAAGCUGAGUUUAGAGUCUUUCGCUUGAGGAAUCCAAGGCCUCGUGUAUUGGAACAGCGGAUAGAGCUUUAUCAGGUUCUCAAAAACAAAGAUCCAGCAUCACCAAUGCAACGUUACAUUGAUAGCAAAGUAGUUAAAACAGAUGCUGAAGGUGAAUGGUUAUCUUUCGAUGUAACUGACACAGUACAAGAAUGGCUCCACCACAGAGAUAGGAAUCUUGGAUUUAAGAUAAGUUUACAUUGUCCCUGCUGCACGUUUGUGCCUUCAAAUAAUUUUAUCAUCCCAAAUAAAAGUGAAGAGCUAGAGGCAAGAUUUGCAGGUAUUGAUGACUACACAUAUCCCAGUGGUGAGAAAUUAAAGCCCAAUAGGAAAAAAUACAGUGGGAAGAACCCACAUCUUCUGCUAAUGUUAUUACCCUCCUACAGACUUGAGUCACAACAGUCCAGUCGGCGGAAGAAGCGUGCUCUAGAUGCAGCCUAUUGUUUUAGGAACGUUCAAGAUAACUGCUGCCUGCGUUCAUUUUACAUUGACUUCAAGCGAGAUCUUGGGUGGAAAUGGAUACAUGAACCUAAAGGAUACAAUGCAAAUUUCUGUGCAGGAGCUUGUCCCUAUUUAUGGAGCUCUGAUACUCAACAUAGUAGAGUACUCAGCUUGUAUAAUACUAUCAACCCAGAAGCAUCUGCAUCCCCAUGCUGUGUAUCCCAGGAUCUAGAACCCCUCACUAUUUUGUAUUUCAUUGGGAAAACACCCAAAAUUGAACAGCUUUCUAACAUGAUUGUCAAGUCUUGCAAAUGCAGCUAAGGGAUACCACAGCAUGUGCAUUCUCUUCCCAGAAAGGAAAGGAAGAAAAAAACAUGCAAAAAGGAAGGAACAACAACAACACUAAAGAACACAUAGGAUCAUCAGUGUUUUUUUGAAAGAGGAAAAAGCGGUACUAAGUCCGACUUGUUUGAGAGUUUGUUUCAUUGUUUUGUGUUUUGUCUUGUUUUCAAACUGUCACCUGAUGCAAUACCGUGAAGGCCUUAUUCUACAUUUCAACAUCAUGGUUAGUGAGAUAGACAAGAAGUAUUUUAAAGGAAAAAAGGCAAAAAAAAUACAAGAAAGAAAAGGAAAAAAAAGAAAAAAACCUUUUUAAAAUAAAACACUGGAAGAAUUUGUUAGAGUCUUAUGUGAAAGGAAAAAAACAGGAAAAAAUCCCUUUAAGUGGAGUUGCUGUAUCUAUCCCGUGGCUUACUUGAUCUCUGUGUUGUCAUGCCAUAGACACCCAAUCCAUUCUUCGUAGUUUUUAGAAUUAACAGUGCAUUAUUUAUUUUUAUGUAAUAGGAUCAAAGAAGACUAUGUAAUUGCCAUGGGAGGGGAGGGGAAGAGGGAGGGGAGGAGCGACACAAAUGUGCAGACCAAAUAAACUGUUAGAAACAUGGAUAAUGCCUUGGGAACAUGAGCUCAAAAAGGUCCUGAAAUGACAAGUUCAGCUCAAUUAAAAUGGUAGUCUGUUAUUACAUUACAAAGGAAGUCUGCCUUUUAAAAAGCCACAUAUACCUUGUUUUCUUCCCAGGAGCCUAGAAUGGCUUUAUGUAAAGCCUCAUACCAUUGUUUUUUUAAAACAAAUAUCUGAAAAACGUAUUAAUAAAGGACAUUUUGUUUCAGUCUCAAAGACUAGUUUAUUAAGAUAUUUUUUAAAAGAAGCAAACUGUACAUGAAUAAAUUGUCAAUUUAGUAAACCAGUGAAAUAUUUAAUAUGUACUGGUCUAAUCUUCAGACCUUAAUAUGUUGCUGUAUAGCUAUUGCUUUGGGAUUGUUUGUUUCUUGGUAUAAUGUAACCAUACCUAUAGUACUACAAUAGGUGGGUAGUAAGAAGCCAGCUUAAUUGGAAACAUAUCUGUAGAUCUCUAAUGUAAACUAUUAAAAAUUAAGUACUUUAUGUGUAAUGUGUAAAUUUUCACCAUAUUUUUGUACUCUGUUAAUACUGUCAACUUUGAAGAGUUUGAAUUUGGGGGCUCUUGUUGAUCACACAGAACCAUGUGUUUCCCUCUAGCUGGCCAGUACGAGUAGAGUCCCUGUAUUUUCAACUUGCACUACAAAUACAUGUUUUAUAAUAUUUGCUAUAUACAUGUGCUUUGUAUGUUGUUUUUCCUGAUUGUGACAUAAGCUACCUGACUCCAUGUUUUGUUCCAUUUUACCUAUCCCCCCAAAAGUAGAUUUAAAAUAUUGUUUUGUGGAAAAUAAUCCCCUCAUGUAUACUAGAGACAUGGAAAUCUCAAACUCUUGUUUUAGAACAAAGACCUAACGCCUUGGACUCAAUAUUGAUUAGGAGGCCAUACAUUUCCAUACAGAGAGGGUUUUCUUUUUCCAGAGGAGGGAAAAGAAGGAGAAAAGGACCUUUUUCAUGGUCCGUGUCCUGGACUAAUUGUAGACACAAAUAUUUUGUCAAAAAUAGGUAUUGUAAAGUGAUGAGCUAUGUGGUAAAAAUUGGGGAAACUAUUUUUAAGAAUUAGAACUCUCUCUGACCAUGUUGGCUGGAGAAAUUGGGAACUGUUAUUUCAACAAGUAACUUCUGCGUUCUCUGAUUGUGUUUUUAUGAAGACCCAAAUGUAAUAUCAGCAUCUACAUCAGCCAUGUGCAGGGAAGCCCACUUAUAUGCUCAGCAACCACAAUUCUUCUACUAGGGUGCACGUCCUUUUCUGCUGUCAAGGGAAUUUGUGCUCUUCCAACGUUUGUUCCUUUUUAAAGAAUUGCUAAAUUUCAUAAAAAGCUAUUGGGAUCAAUUACAUCCCCAAUUAAAUGAAAAGAGGAUGGGGAAUGACAGAUUGCUUUCCAACAUAUCAUUUGCAAAGCAUCUGGUAUUGCACACAAGUGGGCCAUUAAAAAGAAAAAUAAAUAAAUCUAUCUAUUUCCUAGGGGAGGAAGAAGGGAACUGAAUCCGGUUUCCCCCUCCUUCCCGCAAAUGCUAAUCCACAGGAUUUCAAGGUGAUUUGUUUUUUUUUUUUUAAAAAUUAAGGGUUGUGCACAGAACCCUGGCAGUUGGAUUGUCCAAGCAACACCAAUUUACAGACACACUCGCUUAGCCAUCUUUCUUAGAAUACACACCUGGAGACCUGCUCCACAGCGUAUAUGGGCCCCAGCUGGAUUUGGCAGAUUUGCCAAGUGUUCAAGUUGAAAAUGAUCCUGUGUGUCAUUGUUUUUGACUUUUUAAACCCCAAUAACUGCUUUAAAGUGAUGCUGAGGCUAGUUUGUUAGGGGGCGCUAAUGUUUGAGGAUCCAGGUGUUUUGUUCACAUUAUUAGGAUAUUUGGAGUAAGGUAGGGAGAGCACAAGUGGGGGGUCUAUGCUGAGCAAAAUCCUCAGGUAUCUUUUUUAUAGCUGUAAUCAUAUACUAUUAAAAGUAAAAAAGGCAUCUUUUGACAACAAGUUAAGAUAAUUGUUGAACACAUCCCAUUAAGUGUUUAAAUUAUGGAGAGCAGCACAAUCCUAUCCAAAUUAAUUCAGAGAUAAAUGUCAUUGCGUUUAAAGGGGAUUAAUUGCUUUAUUAAUUUGCCUUUCCCAAGCUUCAAAGGUUAAGUUAAAACAACUAGGCUAAGGUCUAAAGAUUAAUGCCAUGUUCGACAAAGAGCAAAAAUUACUUGUAACACUUUCUUGUGAUAGUUGUUGGAACCCAAGGUUAUUAAACAUUCACCAUUGAUAUACAAUUGUGGUUUGUUCAAAUGACUAGGUUCUCAGAUGAUUUACAGCAGUGUUUCCUAAUCCGAGCACCACCAGACAUUGUAGACUACAAUCACCAUCUUCCCUGGCCAUUGGCCAGACUGGCAGGGACUGAUGAAAAGUGUAGUUCAAAAUGUGGAAGACCUCACAUUUCAAAAGGUUAAUUUACAGAAGCAGGCUUUAUAUCUGUGCUUUACUAUGCUUUUAUUAAUUUAUUCAUUCCUACCCUGAUAACACUUCUCUCUUUUUGUUCAUUAAAAGAAGUAAACAGA